AUGUCCACACGAAAAACGUCGGACCGUGAAAAAAAUGAAAAAAUACGUCAAUUGCGUGAAGUAACGGGCGUUACUGAACAACAAGCACGAUCAGCACUACAAUCGAAUGAUUGGGCUGUUGAUCGUGCUAUCAAUGCAUUCUAUGAAGAAUCAGCUUAUUCUUCGAAUACUGGUAGUUCACAUCAUUCAUCCCAUCAUAGCCAAACGUCGUCAUCAUCAUCGUCGUCUUCAUCAUUAUCGAGAUUUGAUCGAAAAAAAAUCGAACAACUAUGGCCAACUUAUGCCGAUCCACGUGAUACAAGUAAAAUGAAUUUAGAUCAAUUAUUACGAUUUAUCAGUGACCUAAAAUUCGAUCCAAGUGACCGAGAAAUUCUAAUUUUUUGUUGGAAAAUGAAUGCUUCUAAACAAGGAGAAUUACAGCGCAAUGAAUUUCUACACGGCUGCCAAGAUUUGCAAUGUGAUACACUAGAUAAAUUACGUGAAAAAAUUAAACAACUUAAUAGCGAAGUCGAAACUGAUAAUGAAAAAUUCAAACAAUUGUAUAUCUACACAUUUAAUUUUGCACGUUCAUCAACAUCUAUGAAAAAUCUUGACGUACAGCCUGCUAUGGCAUAUUGGAAAAUGUUAUUUUGUGGAAAUCCUAAUAAUAAGCAAUUUCAAAGAUUUAAGCUACUUGAUUUAUGGCUUAAAUUUCUUGAAGAACGUUCUAACCAACGAUCGAUUACAAAAGAUACGUGGGAUUUAUUACUUGAUUUUUCAACAACAAUUAAAUCGGAUUUUUCUAAUUAUGAUCACGAUGGUGCUUGGCCAACGUUAAUCGAUGAUUUCGUCGAAUAUGUUAAAACAUCACAAAGUCAAUCGUCUUCUGUCAAUGUUUAA